UCUGGAGUGGCGACAUGAGUGUAUCCCCAGUGGACAGCAACAGGAGGGCUAAGCCAUCUACCUCCUAAAGACAGAUGCCCCCAUCCAGCGGGCAGAACAGAUGUGGUGAGAAAUCUUUAUUAAGAGACUGUGAGAGAGGGCCAAAGUCACCCCAACAACAAAGCGUUAUCUUCCGGAGGCCAUCAGACACAAUCAAGACAGUACUUAGGGCCCACCACUUCCAACCUGUGUCGUCUGAGCAGGCCCAGCAUCCAGCCUCCAGGGGCGCUCGCGGCAGGUCAGCGCCACGAAGCCGUAUCCGCCAGGCCGGGACAAUGUCUAGACGCCCGGCGAGCCGUUCCAACAUUUACAGCCGCUUCGGCCAUCCCAACAAUGUGUCCUUCUCGGCCCAGGCUCCAGGCUGGCCCCACUGCCCCAGCGUGAGCGGGGCUAACAGUGUCAGGCGCCCCCGUACCCCGAGUGGCUCUGAGAUCAACAGCUGCGGCAGCCCCUCGGAGCCACCCGACGGCCCCAGCUGCUUCAGGCUUCCAGUGAGGAAAGUCUGCAUGGGCCGCCCCUACUACUCCAAGUGUGUAGAGACGAGCCACCUAGCGAACCGGCCCAAGGUGGCCAGGAAGCCCGCUUGCCACGACCGCCCCAGCUGCCUGCUGUGUACGGAACGUCCCUCAGGCCCCUGUAACGUCACCUUCCUGGACCAACUCAUCAAAGGCAUCAACUACCUUGACAGAUCCACCAGUGCCUUCUGUCCCAAGUCAUCACUGAACCUGCCGAGGCUCGCAGCCAACUGCCUGGAGCGCGCCGCCAACUCCAUCCACCUGGACCCCCCAGACCCCUCCUCCCCCCGUAGUCACCCUAACCAGGUCAGCGGCGUGGCUGCCUCUGAAAACUACACCAACACCUGCAUGGUGUCAUCCAUGGGGGGCAUCAACACUCUACAGUGUGUGGACGGGUCUGCCCACGCCAGCUGCUCACACCGGCUUCAAAGCCAGGGCACCACACCCGUGCUGCCCCAGAGGCCAGGAAUGAAGCUGCCCGAGCUCCCCUUGCUCGGCAAAGGGCUCUUUUCCUUAGGUCGUCUGCCAAAGUUCUGGGAGGCAAUCCGCUCCGGCUGGAGAGCCCCCGAGCCCACCUCCAAACCCUGUAGCUGGUGGUAACAUCGAUCGCAAAGUGGGUACAUGUCCAUCAGGCCGCAGCUCUAGGAAAUAAAUGGUCUGUGGCAAAAUG